GUGAUUACUUCAGUUAGUUAGGUAGCUAAUGUACUGUGUGUCAGACUGGGUGGAAAAUCUGCAGCUUUUGUUGUUUAUUUUGCUGUCUAAAAUGAGUUAAAAUAGCUUUUCUACACAGCGUUUCUCUUUUUUCUCUUAUUUUCUUUUUUUCUGAAGACUCAGAAAUCCAUUUAUGAGAGGAGUGCUGUGGUCAAUAUGAGCACACAAGACCUAUCUGAGGUGGAGGCCAGUGGCUCAGGUCCAGUGACAACAUUUCGAGAGUCUGCAAUCCAAAAAUUGUUUGGCUCCAGCAGCAUUUUACUGAGCCCAGAGUUAAAAUGUGACAGGCCUCAUGUAUGUGGCGGCCUUAUAAUACAGAAUAAAGCUAGCAGCCAUUAUGAAGCAGGCAUGGAGGCAGUGUUAAAGUUACAGUUGGAGAAAGCUGUCACUUGUUUCUCCAAAGCUAUAACACUGCGGCCAGAGCAGACUCAGCUCUAUGUCGAGAGGGCUGAGGUGUAUCUUCAACUGUGUGACUUCAAUUCUGCAUCUCUGGACUACAAGCAUGCCUGUUACCUGGAACCACAGACUGAGGCCUAUUUUCAUCGUCUUGCAUUCAUUUACUACAUGCAGGUGAUUAAGGGCCAGUGUCUUUGUGACCAAGGGAUGUUCAUGGAGGCAUUGGAGUAUUUUGCCAAAGCAGCUGAACUGAAGCCCAACUAUAAACCAUAUCAAACAAGAAGCUUGGCGUGUCUUACUGCACUCGGCCGUUACACUGACUGCCUUCGACUGGUCACUAACUUAUUGGAGGCCGACACCCCAUCAGCUGACCUCUUCACACUGAGAGCCCGCCUACACCACCAGCUCAAUCAGGAUGUGCAAUGCUACUAUGACCUAAAAGCAGCUCUGAGGCUCGAUCCAAGCGCUGCAGGAGCACUGUCUCUGCUUGGUGAGCUGGACGAGGCAGCUGAGCACUUCCAUCAACAGGCAGUGAGUAAAGCCGUGGAAGGAGAGCUUAGCAGUGCUGUGGUCAAGAUCAGCACAGCUUUAGAGAAGAACCCUGAAAAGGCCCAGUAUUACCUCUUUAGAGGGACACUCUACCGCAGACUGAAAGACUUCAUUGCUGCUGUAGAGGACUUGGCUCUUGCUGCUGAUCUCAGAGAUGCUGGAGCGAAGUGCCCUGAGGGACAGAAGCCUGAGGACUACAAGGGCUUGGAAGAUGAUGCACAAGUUCAACUGGUGCUCACUUACAAUGAUUUUGCAGUCCACUGCUUCUCCCAGGGCUUUCACAACGAGGCCGCCAUGCUUCUGACUAAGGCCAUCCAAGAGCAGAGAAAUGAAAGCAGGCUCUUCAUCAACAGGGGAGAUUGUUUUCUGAAACAGGAGGAAUGGCAUUUUGCCUUGGCUGACUACCAGCAGGCUGAGGAGCUGGACCCCCAAAACUUGUGCAUUUGGUGCCGUCUGGCCAUGAUUCACAGCAUACUAGGACUGCAGAGUUUGGACAAACUGAUGUUUCGGGAGGCUGCAGACAAAUUUUCAGUGGCCAUUAAAUAUAACCCUGAAGUAGCUCAGUACUAUGGAAAUCGUGCGAAGGCUUAUAUCAGAAUGAACAGUCUGGAAGAGGCUAAGCAGGAUGCAUUCAGGGCUCUUAUUCUAGAGCCCACUAGUGAUGAGUUGGUUGCUCUGCUGCUGAAGCUGUUCCCAGGCUGCUCUUUGUCAGAUGUCAUGUCCAGUGCCACAGCUAAAACAGUCAAAGCUCAGUUGAUGGAGCGGACCCAGACGUGGAAACUAACAGGCUCUACUGCGUCAAGGCUCUCAGACAAGCUUAAGAGAAUGUCCCUUGAAGAUGACACAGACAACAAGUCAGAAGCAGACUCUCGAAGCUCACGAAACAUGGAUAAUGUGGAAAUGAGACAUGAACCCUGUGUGUCCCAGAAAGGUCAACUCCAGAGCAAGGAAAAGGUAAUCCAGGCAGUGAAGAAGGUCCUACAUGAGAGGCAGUCUUUGUAUCACACUGGACCUCGUCUUGCUCCUCUCCGUCCUGCAAACACCUUGGAGUCUGACGUCUGUGGACACAAAAGGUCAUACACAUGGAAGCACUUUGGGAGCUUUGGCCUCAACUGCUAAUGGUCUGUCACGAUAGGUCCAGAAGAUUUGGUGAUGUGAUGGAGAGACUGGAGUGUUGUCCUUUCGCUUACUCAAUCACAGGCCUACAGCUGGCCCUUCGGAGGACCUUUAAAGUUUAAAGGGCUCAGAAAGCCACAGAGGGGGCCUGCAUGUGCUCUGUAAUCAGCAGGACAGCUGUCCACAUGCAGCAGUUGGAGAAGAGGGAGUGUAGUCAGUCACCACUGUGUCACACAUUUUUGAGAUAGUAGAAAGUGCAGACUUACAGUUAGAGCAACUAAUUCUUGUGACUUUAUGGACCUAUAAUAAUACUUAAACUGCUUAAGCUUAAAUCAGUACCAACUGGAACAGUACUAAAAUGCAAAUAA